AUGGGCAGUGGCCUAGAGCAGCCCACUUGGUUGAACUCGACCAUUACGGGCAGGGACGAUGUGGAUCUCUCCCUUCACGUGGCGAGAGCUGAUUCCACCACCGCCAUCCACAUUGAGAUUUCAUCUUGGGGCGUGAUGGGGUGGGUGAACUCCAUGUGUAUGGUGGCUGAUGGUGCUAAGGGCACGCAGGAGGCUUGCUGUCGGCAUUGGCCCUUGGUCCUGAGCAGCCGCUGGAUGGGAACGCUGGUAGCUCCACUCAUUCAGCCCACAACCAUUGCCAUCAAGGGCUCCAAACAAUGCAACGCGCAGGCCGUGCAGGGUUCCGAACAACGCGUCUAA